AGAAGCCUGCCUCGAGCGCUUAACGCCAUUGGGUGGGGGAGGGGAUUUGCCGUAAAUCUUGGGCAAUCCUGUUGACUGAAUUCCUUUGUUUUCAAUUCUGCCCUGGUCCCUGUCUUGUAAGGCUCAUGGCCGGCGCUCGAGUGUCUUGUGCUGCCGUCACAGCUAUGUCUUUUCCUGAGGAGUUUACCAAACCUUCAGGAAGAUUUACUGCUGUUAGAAGAAACUGAGGCAGAAAGGGCGAGGCUACCUAUGUUUUCAUUAAGUCCGCUUUGUGGACACAGCCCAUGUGCCUCGUGCUCCCAGAGACAGCGUCCCCCGCGGGGAGGCCUCCCGCGGGGCGCAACUACUUUUCUUGCAAGAAGGAUGGAUUUUGGAGCCCCUGACCUGCUGGACGUGUGGCUGGAGCCCGCAGAAGAAGACUUCUCAACAGGGCCCUCCCUGGAACUCGGACUCCACUGUGCACCUCCAGAGGCCACAGGGUCUAUACUACAAGAACAGGGGCUACAAGGCUGGGAAUCCAAUGGGGGCCAUGGCCUUCAAGAGAGUGAGCCUGAAGAUUUUCCGAAGAUUUUCAUUGAUCCCAAUGAAGUGUACUGCUUAGAAGCAUCUCCUGACAGAGAAAGUGGAAUCUCUGAGGAGCCUGGCCAUCCAGAUAGUCCUCUUCCCCCCAAGGCACCUAGUCCUCCUGCCCUCUAUGAGGUUGUCUAUGAGGCAGGUGCCCUGGAGAGGAUACAGGGGGAAGCUGGACCAACUGUAGGGCUCAUCUCCAUCCAGCUAGAUCAGUGGCGUCCACCAUUUAUGGUCCCUGAUGCCUGCAUGAUCAGCGAGCUGCCCCUUGAUGCUCAUGCCCAUAUCCUGCCCAGAGCAAGCACUGUAGCCCCAGUGCCUCCUGCAACCCUGCUGCCAUAUCAAACCUUGUUCCUGACAGAGGAGGAGAAGCGUCUGCUGGGGCAGGAAGGGGUUUCCCUGCCCUCUCACCUGCCCCUCACCAAGGCAGAGGAGAAGGUGCUCAAGAAGGUCAGGAGGAAAAUCCGCAACAAACAAUCUGCUCAGGACAGUCGGCGGCGGAAGAAAGAGUACAUUGAUGGACUGGAGAGCAGGGUGGCUGCCUGUUCUGCACAGAACCAGGAACUACAGAAAAAAGUCCAGGAGCUGGAGAGGCACAACAUCUCCCUGGUGACUCAGCUCCGACAGCUACAGAUGCUUAUUGCUCACACCUCCAACAAGGCUGCCCAGACCAGCACUUGUGUUCUGAUCCUUCUUUUUUCCUUGGUUCUCAUUGUCUUGCCCAGUUUUAGCCCUUUUCAAGGUCUACCAGAUGUUGGGCCUGAGGAUUACCAGCCUCAUGGAGUGAUUUCCAGAAAUAUUCUGACUCACAAGGACAUGACAGAAAAUCUGGAAACUCCAAUCAUAGAGUCCAGAUUAGGGGGGGGCUCUGGGGCUAGGGGUACAAAUGGUUCAACAAGGACACUGCUUGAGAAGAUGGAUGGCAGCACAGCGCCUAAUGGGUAUGUCAGAACGGUGCUGCAUGCAGAUGAGAUGUGAACUGGAAUACUUCCUGGCCCACUUCCCACUAACAAAGAAUCCAGGGCUCCCGCAUGGUUCUGCUUCCCCCGGGACUCCUACUCAGGGUUCUUAGGCCUCCGGGGUCUGAAAUCACUUUAGGAUGCCCUAGAUGUACCAAGAGGCAAGUCUGCUUAUGUUAGGGGGCACCUCAGAUAUUUUUGUUAUGUCUCUGUGAUUUUAUUUCUUCUUUAGUAAUAGGGUUGAGGGGAAACAGAAGUUUGGGCCGAGAAAUAAACUUCUUUACUGGCAUUAUUAUAUCUCAGAAGUUUUAAAUAAGUAGAUGAGGGAGAAGACACUUGGUAAACUGAUAUCCUGUAAAUUACAGUAGGGAAGGCAGUUAUUUUACUCCUUUUAUUCUGCUCAUCAAUGAUCUCAGUGAGGAUGAUGGGAGAGAGGGAGUGCCUCUACAAGGUCCCAAAGAACCAGAGGCAUAAGUUAGUCCAUUCUA